AAAUGAUGACAAAAAUGGCGUUCAUUUUGAGUGAAAUUUGAAAUUAAUAUUUAAUUUAAUGAUUAGUUUUUGUCAUAAUUUGACAUCAAUUAUGGAUUUGUAGAGAAAUUCGUGGAAAAUGUUUAGAUUUGGUUCGAGAAAAGACGUGAACUGCGAGUUCAAGUGUGGGAUCAGACUCUUGGACGACAAUGAAGUCCUUCAGACAGAGUUUAAGCGCGAACAAAAGGGACAGUUUCUGCUCGACUUUGUCUUCAAAAGCCUUAAUCUCAUUGAAAGGGAUUAUUUCGGACUCAGAUUUGUUGACCAAAACAAACAACGGAAUUGGUUGGACCCAACUAGGUCAAUCAUCAAACAAGUCAAAGGAGUGGAUCCGAUAGUGUUUUGUUUUCGAGUCAAGUUCUAUGCGGCCGACCCUUCGCUCCUUAAGGAAGAGAUCACCAGAUAUUUCCUUUACUUACAGUUGAGACGGGAUUUACUUCACGGCAGACUGUAUUGCAUGCCUUCGGACGCAGCGGUUCUCAUGGCGUUUGUCAUUCAAUCAGAAUUAGGAGACUUUGAUCCCGAAGAACACGUCGGCGAAUAUGUGUCCGAAUUUAAGCUAUUGUUGAAUCAAACGUCGAAAAUGGAGACACAGGUUAUGGAUAUACACAAGAAUGAAAUGAGAGGUCAAACGCCCGCAGAGGCAGAGCUGAACUUCUUGAAGAAAGCGUCACAUUUGGAGACCUAUGGUAUAGAUCCUCAUCCCGUCAAAGAUCAAAGAGGGAAUCAACUCUACUUAGGGGUCAAUCACUCGGGAAUUCUUGCAUUUCAGGGAAGCCGUAAAACACAUCACUUUAAAUGGAGUGAACUCCAGAAGAUUACAUAUGAGAGCCGUAUGUUUAUCGCUCAUUGUCUCAUCAAUGAUAAGAAGCAUUUAAUUGGUUUCAAGUGUCCGAACAUCUCUUCGUGUCACUACCUCUGGAGAUGUGCUGUCGAACAAAGAUAUUUCUUUACAAUGAAUUCCUCGCGUGACAUACCAUUCGUUACCACCGGUGGAGGAAUGUUCUCAAGAAGUACUAAAUUGAGAUAUAGUGGAAGAACUGAAAGAGAGAUAAUUGAGGACAUGAAACGUGUGGACAGAGUGUCGGCCAGUAUUCAUAGGAGUUAUUCGAUAACAUCGGCGCCGCCAUCGAUGCGAACUCUCGGCCGCUCUAAUACGGCUCCGUUGCCACACCACGAGUCACCCGAGAGGUCCACUUAUUAUCACAGCAAAGUGGUUCCGUAUCUCAAUUAUUCAACACUCUCUGAGCCGUGCGAUGAACACAACCCACACAUCGAUCCCGAGGCAAAUGAGGUCCACCCGAACGCUAACGUCUCGUUACCGCCAUCUUUGGAUCCAUUCGACGAAGAAGAUUGGGAUUUGUCUAUGACUUCAAGUUUGCCCACAGAAUUCGAUCUGAGACCAGAUCUGACGCCAACCGGUGAGGAAUGUCACACGUUAUCAUUCGAGACACCAGAGGUGCGAUCGUCGCCCUCACACAUGGCCUCUAAUGGAACCGAUUCUGACGAACCGUUUGAACAAAACAGUGAUAUUUUAGAGAAAAAGAGCACUUCUUCUCAAAGUAAAGGUUCUGUCAAUAGUUGCAGAGCUCUUCCCCCCAAACCAUUGACCAAACUCUACGCUAUUGUCCGCACUUCUAUCUUAAGCUCAUUACUGGUUAUGUUGUUCUUCUCGUGCCUUCUCGUAGUUAUCAUUGAAUCCGAUUCCGAUCUCUUCUCUCAUUUGCGAAAACUGCCAGAACUGGUAGUAUUAAGACGUGAUUAUUACGAACCAUUCAAAGACAUUGUCUGGCAAUCAAUCGGCAAAUGAUUGAAUUAUACAUUCCUUUUACUGACAAAACUUCCAACUCUUGAAUUGAAAUAUUUUGGGACAAUUAGUAUUGUUGUCAACAAUUGAUUUCAACUCAUCUGAAUCUCUUGUCUUUAAAUACUUUCCAUUCUUAUUAUAUACAGUAUUAUUAAUAUCAUUAUAAUUAUAUAAAUUCCAAUCAUUUUGCGCUAUAUUUUUACUCCACAAACACUUAAUUGUUAUUUAUUUUUAAUUUUUACUAUUUUUAAAGAAAUCUUUUGUAACAAUUAAUUUAUAUGCAAAACCAAAGCAAUGAAAUGAUUAAUUGCUUGUAUUGAUGAGCAGUUACUACACCUGUUCUGGUGUUAGUAAACAGAGCUUUAAAGAUAUCUAUAAUUUAACAAAUUGUUUGACUAUUAAAUUGCAAAUCUAUAUAAGUUUCGAUUGUUAGGGAAUUCUUGAGAACCGAUUACAUACUUAACCAAUUUGUUAAAUCUAUUUCAAUAUAUAUAUCGAUUUUAUUAAUGUUUUACAGUAUUUAUUCAAAACGGG